AUGUGGUCAGUUCCUGUACUUCUGGCGCUUCCGGACCAGGUCGGGCAGAGGUAUCCAGAAGAUGCAUCUGAUAUAAAGGACAUGUCCAAAUUCAAACCUCACAUUCUGCUGUCCCAAGAGAAUACACAGAUUAGAGACUUGCAGCAGGAAAACAGAGAGCUAUGGGUUUCCUUGGAGGAACUCCAGGAUGCUUUGGAACUCAUCAUGAGCAAGUACCGGAAGCAGAUGUUACAAUUAAUGGUUUCUAAAAAGGCCGUGGAUGCUGAACCAGUCCUGAAAGCUCACCAGUCUCACCCUGCAGAAAUUGAGAGUCAGACUGAUAGAAUCUGUGAAAUGGGAGAAGUGAUGAGGAAAGCAGUUCAGGUGGAUGAUGACCAAUUUUGUAAAAUUCAGGAAAAACUAGCCCAAUUAGAGCUUGAAAAUAAGGAACUUCGAGAAUUAUUGUCCACCAGCAGUGAGUCUCUUCAGGUCAGGAAGGAAAACUCAAUGGCCACUGCUUCCCAAGCCAUCAAAUAACUCAACUUCUGAAUGAUGGUGGGAGAUUGUUUAUCAAGGAAGGAAGUUAUUAUCUUUCGAGUAUUGUCCAUUUAGUGUUUUGCCUCAGACUUGAUUUAGUGUUGAUUAAAGGUAUCAGGUGGCAGU